CUCCGGCACCGGAAGUGAGUGCCACUGAGACUUCCGGCCGGCAGGGGCGCAGGCCCGGAAGCUCUAGGGGCUGCAGCGCCCAUGGCGGAGGGGGGCGGCCCGCACGGGCGGCCCGGGCUGGGGUCCGCAGGUGCCGGCCUGAAGGAGUGGCUGCGGGAGCAGUUCUGGGACCACCCGGCCGAGCACUGCGGGGACUCGCGGCUGCACGAUGCCGCCUACGCGGGCGACCUGCAGACACUGCGCAGCCUGCUGGACGAGGGGGGCUACCGGAGCCGCAUCAACGAGAAGUCCGUGUGGUGCCAAGGCUGGCUGCCCUGCACGCCCCUGCGCAUCGCGGCCACCGCCGGCCACAGCGCCUGCGUGGACUUCCUCCUGCGCAGGGGGGCCGAGGUGGACCUGGUGGACGUCAAGGGCCAGACCGCGCUGUACAUGGCCGUGGUCAACGGACACCUGGAGAGCGCCUGCACCCUCCUGGCCGCCGGCGCCGACCCCAACGGCAGCCGGCACCACCGCAGCUCCCCCGUCUACCACGCUGCGCGCGUGGGCAGGGCCGACAUCCUGCAGGCGCUCAUCAGGUACGGGGCCGACGUGGACGUGAACCACUCCCUGGCGGCCGACCCCCAGCCGCCCUUCUCGCGGCGCCUCACCUCCCUGGUGGUCUGCCCUCUCUACAUCAGCGCCGCCUACCACAACCUGCAGUGUUUCCGGCUGCUUCUGCUGGCCGGCGCCAACCCCGACUUCAACUGCAGCGGCCCGGUGGACGUGCGGGGCCUGCAGCGGGGCUCCCCGGGCUGCAUGCUGGACGCCGUGCUGAGCCACGGCUGCGAGCCCGCCUUCGUGCGCCUGCUGGUGGACUUUGGGGCUGACCUCAGCCUCGUGCGCUGGGACCCCUCGAACCUGGAGGUCCGCAGCCGCAGGAAGGUGGACCCCGCCGCCCUGCAGGCCCUCUGGGAGGCCAGAGGUGCCCCCCGGAGCCUGCUGAGCCUGUGCCGUGUGGCCGUGAGGGUGGCGCUGGGCAAAUCCCGGCUGCCCCUCAUCCCGUCCCUGCCGCUGCCCCCGCCCGUCAAGAGGUUCCUGCUGUAUGAGUAGCCGUUCGGACCUGGCUCGGACCCGGGCCAGGCCAGCCCAGCCCAGCCCACUGCCUGCGGGUGGGGCGGCUCCUCUCCACGGCCCCUGUGCCUGGGCUCCGGAGACCCCGCCGCCUCGCUUGCUCGGCCCUGCGAAGCCUCACGCUCCCCCCCACAAGGGGUGUCCGGUCGGGCAGCUGGUGGACCCGUCGGGGGGUCUCGGCGCCCUGCCGGCUGCUUCAGAGUCCCCUGUGGGGAGUCUGGGGGGAUUCCUGGCUGCCUGAGGGAGCACCUGCAUUGGCUGGGAGCUGGGCCGGGCCCCCAGCGCUGCUCAGUGCUCUGCCUCCUGUGCUCAGGGCCCCGGGAGCCCCCUGCCCGCCACGCAGGCCCCGCUGCCCGCCGGACCCCACAGGCCACAGGGUGAACCCCGCGCUGCCUCCUGCACAGGUGGAAGGUUCUGGAAGCCUCUGACUGCCCCGUGCUCUCGGCUGCUGGGGCCAGGGACAGGCUGUGGCGGCCACCUGGUGUCCCUGCGCCCUGGGGACCUGGGCCUUGCUGCUGGCCGACCCCCCCACCUCAGGUGUGGCCAUAGGCCGCCUCUCCCGCUCCCGGGCAAGGACCCCUGCCAACACACGGGCCCACGGGUGCUGACUGCCCAGAGACGGGAGAAGAGGGGCUGCUGCACUGCCACCCAAGGGGCGCCAUUCUUGGGGUCCCGGCGGCUUUGGGGCUCGGCUUUGUGUUUGAACAUGUCACGGCCGAGAGAGGAGCCAGGGACGCACCCUGAGGUUGCUGCCCCAGGGGCACUUCAGACCAGCCCGUCUCCCUGCCUCACAAGGCCUGGCUGCUGCCAGAACCCGCCCUGGGCAGGCUGUAGGGUGCAGGGUGGGGGCUGCCCGCCUGGGAAGGUCCUGCUGGCCCAUCCUCCUGCGCUCCCACCCGGAGACCAAGCAGAGGGUGUGGGGGCCACAGGGACAUGCUGGUCAGCCUUGGACGCCAUACGUCGGUGCCUGUGGGAGCCGUGUGUGUGUGUGUGUGUGUGUGUGUUUGAGUGUGUGUAUGUGUGUGAGUGUGUGUGUGUGUUUGAGUGUGUGUAUGUGUGAAUGUGUGUGUGAGUAUGUGAGUGUAAGUGUGUGUGUGAGUGUGUGUGUAUGUGUGAGUGUGUGUGUGAGUGUGUGUGAGUGUGUGUGUGAGUGUUUGAGUGUGUGUAUGUGUGAAUGUGUGUGUGAGUAUGUGAGUGUAAGUGUGUGUGUGAGUGUGUGUGUAUGUGUGAGUGUGUGUGUGAGUGUGUGUGAGUGUGUGUGUGAGUGUGUGUGUGAGUGUGUGUGAGUGUGUGUGUGAGUGUGAGAGUGAGUGUGUGUGUGAGUGUGUGUGUGUGUGAGAGUGUGUGAGUGUGUGUGUGUGAGUGUGUGUGUAUGUGUGAGUGUGUGUGUGAGUGUAUGUGUGAGUGUGUGUGUGUGUAUGUGAGUGUGUGUGUGAGUGAGUGUGUGUGAGUGAGUGUGUGUAUGUGUGUGAGUGUGAGUGUGUGUGAGUGUGUGAGUGUGUGUGUGAGUGUGUGUGAGUGUGUGUGUGUGAGUGUGUGUGUAUGUGUGAGUGAGUGUGUGUGAGUGUGUGUGUAUGUGUGAGUGUGUGUGUGAGUGUGUGAGUGUAAGUGUGAGUGUGUGUGUGAGUGUGUGUGUGUGAGUGUAAGUGUGUGUGAGUGUGUGUAUGUGUGAGUGUGUGUGUGUGAGUGUGUGAGUAUGUGAGUGUAAGUGUGUGUGUGUGUGAAGUGAAUGUGUGUGUGAGUGUGAGUCUGUGUGUGUAUGUGUGAGUGUGUGUGUAUGUGUGUGUGUGUAUAUGUGAGUGAGUGAGUGUGAGUGUGAGUCAGUGUGAGAGUGUGUGUGAGUGUGUGUAUGCGCUUGGUGCAGCUGCUGCUCUGAGGGGGUCAUCCUACCACCCACCUCCCCGUGACGGCCCGGCUCCAUCCUGCAUGGUCAGAGGUGGCCUCUGGUCUGGGCCUUGCUGGGUGCUGGAUGAGCAGUCCUGUGCCCUCAGACCCCUCCCAGAAGUGCCUCAGCCUCCCUGCCUGGCCUCACCCCUGAUCCCAGGCAGAUGUCCAGGAGGGUCCCUGGGGACACGCACAGACUGGGUUGGGGGGCACGGCCUCCCGGUCGGGUCUGCCUGCCGUGUGGUGACGUUCCCCUGCAUCACUGUGAGGGUCCUGCCUGUGUGCCACCCACUGUGCUUGGUUUCCCCUCGUGCCUUGGGUGUGGCCGCAGCAGCUGGCAUCACUGGUGCAGGGGCAAGGUGGGCACCCUGCUGCCAUCUUAAUAAAAGCUGCCCGUCCCCACGC